AAUUCUGGGAGCUGCUCACAAUGUACUCGCCCUCUAAAUCGCCCAUCGUAGACGUCACCGAAACCAUCUCCCUGCACAGUGAACUGGACAUCGAACUGGAGCCGAGCUGCARCUCCAACUUUACGAUACCUUCGACGCAUAAUCUGCGCAUGCCGCUGCCUGGACUCGCACUGCCCAAUCUGUUGGCGUCCAAGAGCAAUGGCAGCUUGGGCGCUGCCACGUUACCCGCCUUCGAAUAUAUUGCGCCUCCAAAUCAUGCGAUGCAGUCUUUCGAUUUUCCGCUCAUGGAGCUGAAUCGUGUGGGCAUGUUUCCCGGAUUCCUGCAUCGACGGGCCCGCGGCGAAAAGCGACCCAUACCAGAUGCCCAGAAGGACGCCAAAUACUAUGAGCGACGCAAGCGCAACAAUGAGGCGGCCAAGAAGUCRAGRGAYGCACGCAAGAUCCGCGAGGAUCGGAUUGCGUUUCGGGCUGCGCUCCUCGAGCAGGAGAACUCCAUACUGCGCGCCCAGGUGCUCGCAUUGCGCGAUGAGCUGCAGACGGUGCGGCAGCUGCUCGGCGCCACAGCGGGCGGCAUGCUGGGCGUGGCUAGGCAAGUCUGA